AUGAAUAAGGAAAUGAGUAGAAUAAAACGAUACGAAGAAGCUGUAGACUUCGUUUCAAACUUUAACGAUAUAUUUUAUCAAAAUAUUUCACACACUUUAGGUUCUCAUAUCGAAGACGGUUUCCUCAAAGACCUAUUUACCAAGAACCAGUUAAAGACUGUAGAUAAAAGACAGUUAUUGAUAGAGAGGUUUAGCGAAACUACCGACCCUGAGAACUUUGCUGCACAAGCUCAAGCUACGAACAUACAACCCACCACCCUUUCGCUAAUAUUUUCUAUAGUGUUACAUGCUUCGUCCAAGUCAUGGGAAAAUUUUAUGGCCCAUUACUUUCUCAAAUUUGGCGAUUUGGGUGAUGAUAUAUCUGAUGAAAUGGAUAGUUUAUCAGAGGAUGAUCCUGAUGCAAUGGAAUUUCAACGUCAGCUUGACGAAUUAAGGAAGAGAUCAUCAAAACCAGUAGUUGAAACGCCUCCAAUACUGCCAGAUGUGGACAUGACCCUGUCGAUCAAACUGUGA